AUGGCGUCUGCACUGAGCAUUCAGACGAAAUACCGGAUGAACUCCGGGUAUGAGAUGCCUGUGCUUGGCUUUGGGGUGAGUUUGAGCCUCUUUCAAAUCAUUAAAUUGUACAGUACAGUACAUGUGCAUACAUACUGUCCUGUACUCCCCGCUGAUAUCUGCAAAGACGUCGUGUUGAAGGCGUUGAGUGUUGGGUACCGACAUGUCGACUCGGCCAUUAUGUACCGCAAUGAAAAGGCCUGCGGUGAGGCCAUCAAGGAGUCUGGCAUUCCGCGGUCGGAGAUCUUCUUCACGACCAAGAUCCCGUCCAAGCAUCUGGGCUACGAGAAGAGCAAAACGGCCAUUGACUCGAGCCUUCGCGAGGCGGGGCAAGAGUACUUUGAUCUAAUCCUCAUCCACGACCCGUACGCGUCCAAGGAAGACCGCCUGGGCACCUGGCGCGCACUGGUCGAGGCCAAGAAAGCAGGCAAAGUGCGGUCAAUUGGCGUGUCCAACUGGGGCGUGCACCACCUGGACGAGCUGGAGGAGUACAUCCAGAAGAAGCUCGGCGGCGACGGGGCCAUCGACGUGGGGCAGUACGAGCUGCACCCGUGGCUGACGCGGCCCGACAUUGUCAACUGGCUCAGGAAGCGGAAUGUCGUCGUGCAGGCGUACUGUCCGGUGGUUCGGGCCAAGCGGUUCGACGAGCCGGUGGUCAAGACGCUGGCAGAGAAGUACCACAAGACGCCGGCGCAGAUUCUGCUGCGAUGGAGCUUGCAGAAGGACUUUGUUCCGCUGCCCAAGUCCGUCACUCCAAGCCGGAUCGAGGAGAAUGCCGACAUCUUUGACUUUGAGUUGACCAAGGAGGACAUGGAUGCGCUGACUACCGACGAGUAUUCGCCGGUGGCGUGGGAUCCAACUAAGUCCAGGGAUUAG